UUUCGACCCUACCCAAAGGAGUGGCCAUGACUGUGCAUUCCCGCCUUAUGACAACAACCUGAAGCUUCUCCAGGUAGAGGCUGUUGACAUCGCUUUUCGCCUAUCUUGGUAGCAAAGUUUUUUCAGGGUUUUCAAGUUGACCAUCAAAGGCAAAAUGAAAGCUAUUGUAUUUGAUGCCCCAGGAGGUGCAGAAGUUCUUAAAGUAAAGGAGGUGAAGCAGCCAGAACCUGGGGAAAAUGAGGUUCUAGUGAAAGUUCAUGCGAUUGGUGUGAAUCCUGUAGAAACAUAUAUCAGGGCAUCCAUGUUUGGACCAGUUCCAACCCCACAUAUAUUGGGAAGUGAUUGUGCAGGAGAGGUAGAAGGUGUUGGAGAAAAUGUAAAAAGAUUUAAAAAAGGUGACAGAGUUUGGACAUGCCACCUUACAAACAAUGGAGCUGGGACAUAUGCAGAGUUUGUAUCUGUUCCAGAAGAAAAUGUCUAUCAAUUACCUGAUAAUACCUCAUACAAACAUGGAGCUGCAUUGGGAAUACCUUUCUUAACUGCUGCACAAGCCCUUUUCCAACUAAGUAACUCAAAGCCAGGAGAAACAGUCUUGAUUCAUGGAGCAAGUGGGGGUGUUGGUCUACCUGCAGUGAUGUUUGCAAAGAACCAUGGAAUGAAAGUAAUUGGCACAGCAUCAACUGAAGAUGGCAUACAGCUGGUAAAGGAAGCUGGUGCCCAUCAUGUGUUCAACCACAGAAGCAAAGAUUAUGUAGAUCAGAUUAAGGAAGUGACUGGUGGAAAUGGUCCUAAUGUCAUAAUAGAGAUGCUUGCCAACAGCAAUCUUCAGAAAGACAUGGAUAUGAUAGCCACUCUUGGAAGAAUUGUGAUUAUUGGCAACAGAGGCAAAUGUGAGGUUGAUGCCUCUCCUGUGAUGACGAAAAUGCUUCAGAUUCGAGGAGUUCUCCUUUUCAUAGUUCCUAAGGAAGAGAUGAAUGAGAAUGCUGCUCGAAUCUCAACUGGCCUUGAGAUGGGCUGGUUAAAGGCAUCUGUGGGUAAGGAAUACACAAUGGAGCAAGCUGCAGAAGCACACCGAGAACAGAUCGAAGGAAAAGCCAAAGGAAAGAUCAUUAUAAACGUCCGCUGAUGAACACACUCAUUGCAUGGACGCAUUUUUAUCAGUGGUGCUAGCACAUGCUGAUAAAUUUUAAUACAUUUUUACACAAACACCAUUCAACAUA